GUUUGAAUGUGAGUAAGAUUCUAAAAGGCCAGUAUUCAAAUUCUAAAAAAGGUUUUAUUGUAACUCAAUCCGAAAUAUUCUAUUCCCGAUCAUUUCAGUGUGCCUCUCGUAUCUUAAUUAUAGUCCUUCACAAAUCCACUCCUGAACAUAGGUCUCUCCCAAAAAGCUCCACAAAACACGGUCCUGAGCCACCUGCAUCCGUCGACUUCCUGCAUGUCUUACCUACUCGUCAGUCCAUCUAGUUGGGGGAUACCCUACACUUUGCCUACCGGUACGAGGCAGCCUAUUGAGAACCUUUCUUCCCCAUGAGUUUUUGAUUCUUCGAGCUAUAUGACUGGAACUUUGCCACUUCACUAGUCUCUUGGCCUAUGUCGGUAACUUUGAUUCUACUGUGAAUUCUAAGUUUAUCACAUAGAGAAACCCCGGUAUAGCCACUCCUGAGAGACCUUGAGCUUCCUUGUACAGAUUGCAGUGAAGGACCAGUAUAAAGGUUAUCGAUGUAGAUUAGGAACAAACUUGGCCCAAGCACACUGCCCUGGGAGACACCGUGAAUUAAGUGGCAGUCUUCACUCAAAUGCGUGCCAAUUUUUACCCUUUGCUUUUAUUUUCAAAGAAAACCAUUUAACAAUCUUAAGGAUAAAACUUUUACUCCAAUUUGUUCCAAUUUAUGUCCGAGAUUAAAGAUAGAGACAGUAUUGAAUGAUUAUGUUAAUACUCCUGCUUAAAGACAAAAAAUUCUUUAAUUAUUUUUGCUUUCUUUUAUUACCAUUUUACCAUUAAAUUAAGGUUUCCAAACACAUUUCUAUUUUCAACAACGAUUUUCUCUAACCACCUACCUAAUGCAGCAUAAUUGUACUAUAAAAGUAAAAAUACCGUAAAGGUGAUGAUCGAUGGGAGCCGUGUAGUGGCGACAAAAGGGAAUCCACUAGCCCAUAUCAUCCCAUAGGUGUCGUAUGAGGUGACCGAUGGAAACAAAACCACGGUUUUGUUGGGCAACAGCAUCUUCUAGAUUACAACUCAAAAUAAUAAAAAACUGUUAAUACCAACACGGUUACUAAAGGCGACAACCAUGGUAAAUAAACCUGUGUUCAACCGUGGACGUUUGAUAGACUGUAAUGAACGAAUGGAUGAAAAAGGCGACGCGAGCAUAAAUAAUCAAAAAUCAUGUCUAAUUUGUAUUAUAACCUGUCGAAUUGAACGCAUACAUCAAACUAGUUAUUUUAUUCCACAGAUCUACAAGAUGAUGUGCGACGGACCGUCGGGCAACCAUCACAACUACACGCCGUACCCGGACCACGUCGUAGUGGAAGUCACGCCGUUAGAAGACCACGAAAACACCGACAAAAAAUUCUGCCUCAAAAGAGUAAAACUCUUGAAUCUAGUCACAAACGAAACUACGGAAGUAACGGUCUCCUUGAUCGUGGUCCUCAUCGGGUCGAGACCGGAUCUAUUCUUCUUACAAACGAACUUUAAUUUAAGCAACAUUGAUGUUAAAAAAGACUGCAUUAAAUGUUUCAACGAACAGAAGCAAGCGGACAAAGGCAAUAUUGACCAAGAGAACCAAAGACAGUGCUUCCUUAAAAGUCAUUGGCAUUAUUUAAAAUCUGUUUUGGGACAGAGCAUACAGAGUUGUAAGUCGAGAUAUCUAAAUUAUACAGAGAUAAAUGGCAACUCGGACACUAAAUGCAUCAUUCCGGAGUGCAAUGAGAGAGACGAUGACUUGAAAUGCAAAUCCAGGGCUUUGGAGAAAGUCGAAAACGGAUUUGAAGAGUGUAAAUGUGAAGUUAUACCCUACACAGAUACUGUUGACAGGAAGGUGAAGUGCCAGUGUCAGCCAACAAAUCCAUAUUCCAGCGGGUUGGGAUUUGGAAUUGACCCAACGAAGCCCGUAGAUGGCAGGUCGAACCCCAUCGCUAUUGACAAAAGCACUCAUGAGCUUCUAAAUGCUCCCAAGGGUAUUUAUGCCCUCGGACCACUCACUGGAGACAACUUCAUCCGAUUCAUUCCAGGUGGAGCCCUAGCCAUUGUAGCGGACAUACACAGACAAAUGAAGACUACAGCAGAGUGAAUUGUUACUUACUCAGUGAAAUAAAUGUGAUUUGCUAUACUUAAUUUUGUUUUACAAUAAAUUAUUUUUUAUACCC